CGCAUUUCCGUUUUUGGACGGAAGGGGUGCAUGAAAAAUUAACUUAAAACACUGUUGUACUUGUGAAAUUAACGUCAUUUCAUUCAUCUCUAAUCAACCAACUUUUUUUGGGCGGAUUUAUUGUACACAAUGAUAAAUAUAUUUGGAUCAGUUGUGAUUUUCCUAUCUUUUAAUUUUGUAAAAUUAGAAGUAUCUCCAAAUUUUAGAAAAUGUAUAAAUGAUUUUUUCUACCAGAAAACUGCACCAAAGUUGAAACGACUGGUCGGUUCAACUCAAAUCUGUCAACGACUUGAAAACCUAUAUUAUUACGCCACUGAUUAUGACACAACAAACAGAAUUCCAUACUAUAGCGCAUACACAUUGUCGUUUGAUAGGUGCGGAAAUCGGUAUAAUGGUUGGUUUGUUGAGCCUCAACUAGCCACCAAAAAUGAUCCAAGUAUGGUAAAGAUCAACAGAGCAAACAACAAUGUAGCUGCGUUCGGGAGUAAACAAGCAGUAAAUGUUGACUAUACAGGUAGCGGUUAUGACAGGGGACAUUUAAAUCCACAGCUAUAUCAUUGCUAUUCUGAAGACAGUAGAAAAGCGACAAAUACUUUAACCAAUAUCGCACCUCAAGUCCCAUCAUUUAAUCAAGGAAUAUGGAAUAGAUUUGAAACCACUCUCUAUGACAUCUCAAAAAAGUAUUGUAAUUUUGUAGGAGCAAGACGUUAUUUCAUUACAGGCGUUCUACCGAGCAAAAAUAGGUUCAUGGGUAAUGGAAGAGUCAAUAUACCUGAUCACUACUGGACAGCCGUAUGCUGCGAUUCCUCGGGUGCGAAUGAUGCCCUCCGUAAUGAGGGAUGGUCGGCAGGAUUUUUAGGCGAAAACGUUCAUAACUCCUCAAUUUUUAUCUACUCAAUACAAAAUUUUUUACCAACCACCUCACCUACACUUUUUGCAGAUUAUACAGAUCAAAAUGGAAACACGGUGAAAAAUUGUCUGUUCAACCCGACUAAAGCGGACAACAUUAUUAACGAGAUUGCCAGUACUGAUGUUCGCUACAUUAAAGAGAAGACUUCUUUGUUCAGGCGUGUGUGCAAAGCUGUUUACAAUGGAGCGUGUUACUUUGUAAGAGUGUUUGGAUAAAUAUGUCCAUGUAUGUCACUAUAUUUACAUGUAAUUCUAGAUAACGCUAUAUACUUUUGCGAUAUAUAUAUAAGUGCAAUAUAUAUUUCUCUAAAUAUCCAAGAUCCUAGUUUCAUAUACCCCUUGUGGUUGCAUCAUAUAUGUAAGUGAGCUAUGGUUUUGUUUUGUUUUGUUGUUUGUUUGUUUUUGUUUUUUUGCGUGGCUUAAGAAAUAAUUCUUUCGGGUCAUGCUCUUUGGUCAUUUUAACAUGGGUAGGCAUUAUAUUUGUCAAUAUCUAUAAUGCUUACCCAUGUUAAAAUGAACAUAGAGCAUGUCAUGACAGAAUUAUUUCGAUUCUUAUUGGUAAUUUUAGAAAUUUUGCACUUGAAAAGUGAACCUAUAAUACAUGUUUGAAAGGCAGCCAUUUUGAUUUGAUGAAAGCAAAACGUUAAAGGAAAUCAACCGUUUCACGAGAAAAAAUGAAAAGAUAUAUGUAAACUGACUUUUAGAAUGAUUUUAUUUAAUUUCCUAGCGAGCAACACCAACACUAAUGUCUAUUUUGAUCUCCGGCGUCAUUAUAAAAAACCAGCUGAUGUUGCAAUUUCAAUUGUGACGUCAAUCACGUUCAGUCCAUGUUUUAUUUGAAACAAUUCCAAAGCGAAAGAAGGACGUCAUAUUAGAAUCGGUAUUUAUACAUCCCGUCAUUGUGUUAUUGUGCAAAGGUCAUUUUUGUAUUCUUGUCUUUCAUUUUUGCUUAUGUGCUCUGUCUAUAGAGUGCCUAUAUGCCAUUUUGUUUUUCCUUGUUGACAUAGUUGUUUGUUUUUAUAGUGAUUAAGAAUGUUUACUGCUGAACCCCAAUUUUGACAUUUUUACCUUUUAUGUCUGUUUGGUUUGCUCACACAUUGUUGUGUUUGAGCCUUACUCUUUUUUUUUCAAUUUUUUUUGCUAUAUAUUUCAUUCUAAGUAUCUUCCGAAAUGAAUUAACAUAACAAAGUUUAUUGAAAUUGUGAUCUUUUCAUAUUUUAGUAUAUGCGGGUGAAACAGUGUCAUUAAACAGUGAUAAGAAGUUUCUUAUAUUAAUACCGCUUCAAGUCAAUACGUUUAUAUAUAUAUUCAUGGCUCAAUAUUCAAUUUACCCUUUUAUAAUUUGUAAUUCUAAAAGGUUAUCAACUGUCGCUGUAAACUUCUAUAACGUUUGGAAUUUAGGAUUGAAUUUAUCUUUUGCUAUAUUAAAUGUAUAAGAAACAUGAUAGUCUUGGUUUUGUCAUAUGUUCGCAGAGGUGAAAGAAGCAAUAUAACAAUUUUAUGGUUUAGAUUCAGGAAAUUUCUGGGAAGAUAGUCUAUCACUUUUUCCUAAUUGUUUUUUAACAUUGCGAUAGUUUUAAUAGAAUUUAAGUCUUUGUUUGAAUGCGUUGGUACCAAGUAGCUGCAGAACCGUAGCUCCUACUUCCUUAUGAUAUUUUUUGACAAUAUGGUCAGCAAAUUGUCAAAAAAUAUCAUAAGGAACUAAGAGCUACGGUUCAGAAGCUAAAGCCCAAGGUACAAAAUUAAUUGGUGUAAAUGAUAAAAGUCAAAGCAAUGAAUUAUCACAUAACAAAUGUAAACACCUCGUGAUACGCUUGCUUACAAACAUAUGGGGAAUGUGGUAAAGAGACAACAACCCGACCAAAGAGCAGAAAACAACCCAAGGCCACCAAUAGGGCUUCAAUGCAGCGAAAAAAUCCCGCACUUGGAGGUGGGCUUCGGCUGGCACUAAACAAUAAUAUAUACUUGUCCAGCGAAAUGCUCGUCACACUAAACUCCAUACAUAUAAAUGAACCAAAAUUAAAAAAAAAACAUUAUAAGUCUAUAUAUGUUUUAGAAUGUCGCUGUGUAGUUACAUUGUAUGCUUUGCAUAUUUUAUACUUGCCAUCUCCUGUGUUUGUUUUUCCCAGUCCAUGUAAUUUAAUUGCUAUGUUAUAUUUCUAUCUCUUAAGUCUUGCUGCUGAAUAGAUCAUGUUUUGAGGUGAUUGUAUAUAUAUUGUUAGUAUGAUCUAUUGUUUUAAUUGGAUUUUUUUUAUUUCCUUCUUUUAUAUGGUAAUAGAGCUUGCGCUUUAUUGUUGCACACUUUGAAAAUAAAAAUAAAGUGUU